AAGGGAGAAACUCCAAACGGAGGAAGCAUUGCAAAGGACGAACGGAAUGCAGUCUAAUUAUUCUCGGACUUUGGAACGAUUGGAGAGAGAAAACCGUCGCUUGCAAGAAAAAGCAAAUAGUCUACAACUCCAACUUGACAACGUGGAGGCCAAACAUUCGAAAAGAAUGGUGGAUUUUGUGCAAAGACAUCGUCAAGACACUGACCAGGAGUUAAAAAAAUUACUCAAAGCUCAGUCCAAAGCAGAAAAACUUUUAGACACAAGGGACCGAGUUUAUAAACAAAGAGUGUCUGGUCUUCAAGAACAAGUAGGUGUACUUAAAAAUGAACUGGAACGUGAAAUUCGAAGAAAGCAGUCUGUGGAAAGACAGCGAGAGACAAGUUCUACUCGUCGAUUGCGUAACUGAAAGAUUAGUAAAUGAACGCAUUUUGCAUUCAUUAGUCUAUUUAAUAACAUACUACUAAUAAUGAUU